AUGGAGACACGACUUAAAGUCACUCUAUCCCGAGAAGACGAGGAUCUCGUGAUCACCGGCGACGCAGACUACUCGUUCUGGUAUGGUAAUCCGAGCGAUAUCAGUACGAAUUUGGUGGUCUGUGAGGCGAAAUUCAGGGAGCUGAUAAACCUGCUGAUGAAAAUCCCAAUGGGCUUCGCCCAGAAGAGACAGAGAACAGGCCUAGACAUCGGAAUCCUCGUCAUUCCAGGUCCAGGCGAAAUCGGGACGACGACUACGACUCAAGCAGCAGUUCUAGUGACGACGAUUACCAUCGACGUCGCCGUCAAACGACCGGUAGCCAUAGGCAUUCUCACGAGACAGACAGCCAAGACAAGCCAAACGGAGGCAGCUGGCGCCCUGCGGACAUAG